AUUCUAAAGUCUCUCCAGUCCAAUUAAUUUCCUUCAGGCUUCAAUAUGUCGGAACCAAAUUGGUCGCGAUAUCAGGAAGGCAGCAAGUGGUUUUAUCAACCCAAUAAAAUAGCCCCGAUUGUGUUUUCCGUCCUCUUCGCGAUUUCAGGCAUCUGGCAUGGAUAUCAGACAAUACGGUACAAAUCAUGGCGUGUUACGCUCCUCAUGCCCUGGGCUGCGCUCCUCCUGUGCACUGGCAUGGUGACGAGAGAAGUUGGAGCAUACCAUAUCUCAGACCUUGGAAUCCUCAUUGCUAGUAAUGUGCUAGUCAUGUCGGGGCCUCCCGUCUACGCUGCGAUCAAUUACCUGAUCUUUUCGCGAGUCUUGUUUUACGUCCCUUACCUCUCUUCCAUCCAUCCCGGCCGGGUAGUGACGACGUUCCUCGCCAUCGAUGGAAUUGUGGAAAUUAUAACGGUAAAUGGUGUAGUUCGAGUCACCAACUCGUCUCUGACCGAUGCCCAAAGAACUGUGGGCUCAAACAUGAUCAGGGCAGGCCUCAUCACCCAGGCGGUCAUGUUCUUUGUCUUCAUUUUAUUCGUGGCGGACUUCCAUCGCAAGGCACUCAAGAUCAAUGUGCUCAACUCGAAGCUACGGACCGUUUUGAUUAUUAUCUAUGUCUCCUGUGCCAUCGUCACGGCAAGAUGCAUUUAUCGGAUCGCCGAGUACUUCCAGGGUUGGGAAGGCGAGCUAUACACCAAUGAGACCUACUUCUGGGUCUUUGAUGGCGCCUUCAUGUUGGUUAAUACUUUUAUAAUGAACAUUUGGCAUCCCGGCAAACGACUUCCGAAAUCAAAUCAUACGUUCCUCUCGAAGGAUGGCAAGACAGAGCUCCGCGGACCUGGAUGGAACGAUACCCGCCCCUUCUGGGUAACAUUUUUCGAUCCAUUCGACGUCUAUGGUCUGGUUACUAAGAGAGAUCAAAAGACCAAGUUUUGGGAGCUUGAUGGCACCGAACUAGAAGAAUAUACGAGGAGAGAGCGUUCUCGCCAGAAAUUCGCGCGCCCUUGGUAUUUACAAGUGGUUGAUCCUUUCCACCUCGGCGGUUCCAAUGGUCUCCUUGCAAAGGCUUUUGGUUUGUGCAAGGAAAAGCCAACAAGUGAGCCACCAGCUUCCGAAAAGGAGCUCACCCAAGAAACAUCGAAGGCGACCGAUGAUGUGUCUCGGAUUGUUUGACAGUUCCCAGAUCUCACGAAAGGGAGCGAAGGAGAGUUGUGAAUGAUAGAGGAUGCCUAUUUGCGGAGUAAUUUUUUCGUUGAACGAGCCGGCGCAGGCAAUAUGUAACAUGUUCUUCGGCGUAACGGGUCGUGGGAAACAACAGCUUGGCCUCAUAUCUAGUAGUUAAUGCGUUCAAAUUUCAAAUGCUUCAUGUUAG